AUGGAGAAAACACAAAAUAAAACAGUUGUAAAACAUCACGGCUUACCACAAAACAUUGAUAGCAACGUUUACGAGCAAUGUAAUGAACACGUUUUGAACCUUCCUGACGAAAACGAUCAAAAUUUAGAAGUCGUGGUUAGUGAAAUACCAAAUUCAAGAGGAAAACCAGAACAAAUAAAGCCUACUAGACAAAAAGAAUAUGUGAUGGUAUAUAAUUUAGAACAAGGACGUCUCCAAAAGUUUCAGGGUUUUAAUCAAGAAGACCCGAGACCACCGCUUGUUUACGUACCUGGUAGUCGCAAUACUUUUGUGAAGUUCGUUCUCAGCCUUGUUCUGCUGAUGCUUCUUGUGACUGCAUCAUUUUUGGCAGUAGUACUAUUGAUGUUGACGUUAGAUGAGAUUGUCGAGGCGUUGCAGGCCGAAGAAGUCCAGGUGGUAUAA